AUGCCUACUCUUGCAGUCACCAAUUUCAACGUUGUAUGUGCUACCUUGGGUGGCUUUAUCACGCUCUUUGGUCUGGUCUCGUACCUGUUUAAAGAACAGUUCUAUUUGUCGGAAGCACUGAUCUCCCUUCUUGCGGGUGUUACCUUCUCCCCGCAUGCUGCCAAUCUCAUAAAGCCGAUAGACUAUGCUCUGGGCAGCCGAGAAGCCUUAGAUGACAUCACUCUUUACUUCAGCCGCCUAGUACUGGGGGUCCAGCUUGUUCUUGCUGGCGUCCAACUACCCAGCCGCUAUCUCCUUAAAGAAUGGAAGAGUCUUUCUCUUCUCCUUGGCCCGGGGAUGCUAGGCAUGUGGAUAUGCAGCAGUCUUGUUAUCUUUGCCCUCGUACCAAAGCUGCCGUUUCUCCAUGCCCUUGCUAUUGCCGCAUGCAUCACCCCCACAGACCCGGUGUUGUCUAACUCUAUCGUCAAGGGCAAGUUCGCUGACAAAAAUAUACCACGUCCCUUGCAGAGGAUUAUCAUAGCUGAGUCCGGUGCUAAUGACGGGCUCGGAUACCCUUUCUUAUUCUUUGCCAUGUAUCUCAUCCAGUACAAUGAAGCCGGAGGAGCGCGCAAAGCAAUGGGCUUGUGGUUUGGUGAGACAUGGGGUUACACUAUUCUGCUGAGCGUCGUGUAUGGAAUCGCCGUGGGCUGGGUAGCUAAAGAAUUGCUCCAUUGGGCGGAGGAGAACAAAUACAUCGAUAGGGAGAGCUUCCUUGUCUUUGCUGUUGCGUUAGCCUUGUUCAUCAUCGGUACCUGUGGCAUGAUUGGGAGCGACGAUGUACUUGCCUGCUUUAUUGCGGGCAACGUCUUCACCAUUGACGACUGGUUCCGCCUUGAGACUCUUGAUGAUUCUCUCCAGCCAACCAUUGACAUGCUACUGAACUUGUCUGUUUUCAUGUGGUUUGGCGCUGUUUGCCCCUGGCCCAUCUUCUUGAACAACAAUAUUAUUCCCAUAUAUAGGUUAAUCGGGCUAGGGAUCCUAAUUCUACUAUUCCGCCGGCUUCCUGUUGUUUUUGCUAUGCACAGAUACAUCCACCAGAUUGAGGAGUUUCGCCAGGCCGCUUUCGUCGGAUUUUUCGGUCCCAUUGGUGUCAGUGCCAUCUUCUACCUAUAUGUUAGCCUGGAAUACGUCAGGCACAAUCUUAUAGUAGAUGGGAAGGUAAGGGAAGACGGGGAGCGUCUUAUUGAGACGAUGUACAUCGUCGUUUGGUUCUUGACUAUCUGCAGUAUUGUUGUCCAUGGGCUGUCCAUUCCUAUUGGAAAGCUCGGUUUUAGCAUCCCACGCACACUUUCUAGUGCCCUCAGCACGAGCAUUGAUAUAGAUUCCGAGCGUGGCCCACACUCGGGAGUCAACACCCCGGGUUUGCAACAUACAGCAAGUAUAGCUACUUCUACUCCUGCUCCGAGAACUCCAAGCUUCAUACCAGCUAGAUUCCGCAAGCAACCUACGAGAAGUGGCCGUCCGCGAGACGAUCCCCCAACCCCAGUGGCAUUUCGCAUUGGUCGUACCGUCAUUCCGGAACGCAAUGAUAUGGACGACAAUGAACCUGAUAAUACAUUGCCCUCGUCUGAGUCGACCAUUGCAAUCCCACAGAGGGUCAAAGACUAA